GGACCAUUCACUGGAGCAGCAGUGGAGCAGUGGAAAACAUGACAUGGUAACUCACUGAGAUCGCGUCUAUGCUGUGGAUGAGCUGGAGGGGGUUUGAUUCUGAGCCAACUGUUGCAGGUUUCUACAUUUACCAAUGAAGAUCAAAAAACUGUAGAUGCUGGAAAGGUUCCGUUGAAGCAUCUUUGACCUGAAGCAAGAACUCUGUUUUUCUUUCCACAGAUGCUGCACAAUCUGGUUUGCUGCAGACAUGGCAAGUGGCAGAAUGAGGUUCAUCUUUCUCCCACUGCUGUGUUUCACUGUCAAAGCUCAGCACUCAAAUAAUCUGGACUGCCAUGUUGACUACAUAGAAACAAUGAAUUGCACAUGGACAGAAACAAGCAAUGACAGCUAUGUUACACUGCAAGUCCAUCGUUCUGAAAGGGAGGAAAUCAUGAAUCAAUGUACAAUGACAAGAGUGCAGUCUACAUUGGAGAAGGGAAGGCUUCAUACUUACUUUUGCAUGAUGAAGUUCAAGUUCUUUGCACAACAUAUGAUGUACGAUCUGAUUGUUAAUACAAGCAGUCAGGCCAACAUUUCUGCCGUCAAGGACUUCAGACCUUCCUGUAACAUUCAGCUGAAAGCCCCUUAUCACUUGUCUGUAACAAAGAAUUCCACCACACAGAAUGUUAACAUCUCAUGGCAGAUCACUGAAGGACGUUAUCUGAGAAAUAAACUGGAAUAUCAACUGGAGUACUGGAGCAAAGAGACAAAGGAGGAUGUAAAGCUGAAAAAGCGGGUGAAUGAUAUCCGACAUCUGAUCAUUGAGGAAGCUGAACUGGAGCCAGACUCAGAGUAUAGAGCACGAGUUCGUGGGAAACCCAUAGAUUCAUUAAAUAUCCAGGGAACCUGGAGCAAAUGGAGUGCAGAAAUAAAAUGGAGAACAGAUCCUGGUUCAAGCAAUCUGUCGAAAAAAAACAACCUGCUGUUUGUUGUGUUUGCACCACUGUUGUUGGCGAUCAUCAUUUUCAUAUCACUGUAUUUUAAGCUUCCAUCACGUGUUGUCGGUAAAGUGUGGAUUCAUAUUCCAAACCCAGCAUCCUAUUUCCAGCCUCUCUACAAUCAGCACAACGGAAACUUCAAGGAAUGGAUCCACAAAGACCAUGCGAGUGAUUGGCGUUACAGUAGAGGGGAGUCAUCCCAAGAGCUGAGGGAGGUGAAGAAAGUGUCUGACAGCACAGCUGUUGCAGUCAUCCUGAAUCCUUGGGAUGAAACUGUUUCUAACAUCUCCUCUCUGAAGCCCAUCCCAGUCAACCACACCUUGCUCUUUGACUUGGACACCAAAAGUAACCUUCAGACUGAGUCCAGCAAUUCCUUUCACCACACUCAGUUGCUGGAAUAUUGCAAUAGUGAUUCUGUGCUGGAUGGGCUUCUCCCUCUCAUGCUACAGGAGGAACAGCACAUGUCUGAGAACUGGACACUGUGCCAGGAACCAUCUCCGGGCACCUUCCUGGGUACUGUGCCACAGGAGGAGGAUGGAGGGUACAGCUACAGUGACGAGUACUGCACCCUGGCCCAUUCUGACUCCAGCCAGGGCCUGGUCCCGGCAAAGAUUGGGCUCCAGCUCAAAGUAGCCAACAAGUGCCUGGAAGAGAAAAGGGAAAUGGCGGAGGGUUUGCCCAUGACUGAUAAUGGCAGUAUUCUGCCUUCUGAAUGCCCAGCAACAACUCAGAAGUCACAGUUUCCUCAGGAAGUCUGUGCCAGUGGAAGACCCUGUAAAACCCCACUUCAGAGUCAGACCCCAGCUGAACCCUCAGGUCCACCAUUAAACAAUGAACAAUCCUCCCUCACACUCACCACCUCUGACAACUCUGCCGUGCCAUCCAUGAGUUCCGAUCUGUGACACUGAUGUGACUGUCAUUACUGCACAGUUGCAACGUCCUAUCAAAGUGGGGAGGGUUUGAAUUAUUUCCAGCAUCGAUGAAGGAGGGACACCCUAUCUAAUUAUUGACUGGAGGGAGAAGAUUUUACAGCUGUAGGGAAGCUUCAGGAGAACAUUUGAUGAGCAUUAUUUAGCAGCUUAUGCAAAUAGCUCAGUAUAUUAAACCAGGACUUUAUUGUUGGCUAGUAAACAAAAUUAGAGCACACAGUAUUGGGGGUAAAGUAUUGGGGUAGAUUUAUGAUUCAUUAAUAGACAGAAAACAAGGGAGUAGGAAUAAACAGGGCAUUUUGGGUGGGGAGGCUGUGACCAGUGAAGUGGCACAGAGAUUGACCCUGGUGCCCUGGCUGUUCACAAUCUAUUUCAAUGAUUUGGAUGCGGGGAUGAAGUAUGAUGUAUCCACUUUUAUGGAUGAUACAAAGUUAGAUGUCAAUGUGGGUUGUGAGGAUGCAGAGAAGUUUCAGGGGAGAUAUAAAUAGAUUAAGUGCGUGGGCAAGGACACGGUAGAUAAAAUAUAAUGUGGAAAAUUAUGAAGUCAUCUACUGAUAGUGAAAGUAGAAAUGUGGAGCAUUUUCUGAAUGAUGUGAGAUUGAAAG